UCCUCUGCAACCAUGUUUGACAAACCCCGUAUGCCUGAGAUUGAGAAAUUCGGUAAGUCAAAAUUAAAGAAGACAGAAAUGCAAGAGAAAAAUUCACUGCCUUCAAGAGAGACGACGGCACAGGAGAAGCAAACAGAGGAAUCCCAAGGAGGCGCCACCAAUAUGCACAAUUCCAUUCAGCAUUGCUUUCUCACUUUACUUCCUUUAGCUGUUUAA